GAUUUCAGCGCACUGCCCCACAGAUCAUCCUCCCACAACAAAACGACCAACACGAAGGACAGAUAUUGCGCUGCAAGAGCCGCCGGAUCUCACGAUUGAGCUACAGGAUCUGUGGAUUUGAACGACGAAUUCCGCCGCCUCACGUGUCUGCGCAUGGCAGUACGGAGACCGACCCAACCCACCCGCCGCUGAGGUCGACUCCCUCCCUCACCCCCCCUGGGCCCCAACUUUACAACAUCACCACACACCACCAGCAUUCCGCGCAAUGUCGUCGGCGUCGGGAUUGACUCGCAGGAGAGGCGGCGGCGGCGGAGCAGGAGCCGCAGGAGAUAAUGAGAACAGCGAUUCGAGCCGCGUGGCCUCUCCCGUGAAUAAGGCUGGAGGGUCUCGCGACACCAGCGGGCCAGAGACCUCGUACGAGAGCGGCGAGAACGGCCACAGGAUUGCAUUCGACCCGCGGGAUAUCAGCGAGAGUGCUGAGCGGAGCAAGCAGCCCAAGCUGACGCUCAUGGAGGAGGUGUUACUACUAGGUUUAAAAGAUAAGCAGGGAUAUCUUUCGUUCUGGAACGAUAAUAUCUCGUAUGCGCUGCGCGGAUGCAUCGUCAUCGAGCUUGCUUUCCGGGGGCGCGUGAGCAUGCAAAAAGAUGCUUCGAGACGGCGAUUCCCCCUGGCCGAUCGAGUAAUCGAGGUUAUCGACGACACACUGACGGGCGAGGUCCUUCUUGACGAGGCACUGAAGAUGAUGAAGGCGAGUGAGAAGAUGAGCGUCAGUUCAUGGAUUGACUUGAUGAGUGGCGAGACGUGGAAUCUCAUGAAGAUCGGAUACCAAUUGAAACAGGUGCGAGAACGGUUAGCUAAGGGCUUGGUUGAUAAAGGGAUUCUCCGGACCGAGAAGAAGAACUUCUUGCUGUUCGAUAUGGCCACUCAUCCCGUGGCAGAUGGAGGCGCGAAGGAAGAGAUCCGCCGAAGAGUUCGAAACGUUCUAACACAACGGACCGUCGUCUUACCCGCGAGUCAAUUCCUCCCCGAAAACCUCGAAUUCAGAUAUCUCCGCACCGUUGCAAUGGUGUCCGCUGCAUACGCAGCCAACGUGCUUGAAAAUGCUCUUGCUACCCUGGGACACGAGGCUAGAGAGCGUGCCUUCGCCCAGGUGGAUGAAUUACUGGCGGAAUACAGCCAAUGGCCCUUCGCAAAGAGGGCUGGGGGUUCAGCAGGCGUGGGUGCGAACUUGGCACAAGUCAUUUCCGACGAGGUUAAUAACGCUAAGGAUAAGGAGUUACAACUCGAGGUGGUAGCAGCAUGUCUCAGCGUCUUUACCCGACUAGACUCCUUGCUAUAGACAGACAUGAAAUAAGCCACUCCCCCGAAACACGAAAGUCGAGAGAAGAGAGAGAGAGAGAAGACGAGGGAUCAGGAAGAGCGAAGAAAGGUCAAACUUCUAUAUUGUCGUAAUAAAACAGCGCGGUUUUGUUUCGUCCCCCAAAAAUACCAGAGACUAAAAAUUUCAAAGAGAGAGAGUGUGAUUUUCUAACAUCCCCUUUUCUUACCUAAGGCGUGGGCUGGAAUUUCGCGGCUGUUUUACGACUGGGACUUUCUUAGGGGUGUUCUUUUUCUCCCCCCUUUUUUUUGCUUCGCCGUUUUUUGUGUAC